AACCUCGCUUUUUUAAAAGGAACAUGUCAGAGACGCCGUACCGGUGAGUCAAGAUUGAUUACAGAAUAUACGUAAAAAAGGAUAUAUCGGAAGGUUUCCUCUGAUAUGAUGAAACAUUUAUUUAAUUUCCAAGCUCCAUGAAAUUGCAAAAGAAUGAUAUCAAUACACACAUAGUGACGAUCUCACCAAUAAGUUAACCUUGUGCUUUGGAUGUAUUGUGGUCUGUAUGUACGGAGAUAAGUCAUAAGUAUGGUGGCCAUACUGACUAAGCUUUAUCAUGGAGGGGGAAUUCGCGCACAGAUCUUUCAUACCGCUCAGCGCUGGCAGACAUCUGUUGCUACUGCAAAGAAGAAAAUGAGUAAAUUGGGCGCAGAGGAAAGAGAGAAAACACUAAAACCAUUGUUAUCGAAUGGAUGGUCCAUUCAAGAGGCAAGAGAUGCUAUUUACAAAGAGUUUCUCUUUAAUAACUUCAACGAAGCUUUUGGAUUUAUGACCAGAGUAGCAAUGCAAGCAGAAAAAAUGAAUCAUCAUCCAGAAUGGUUUAAUGUUUAUAAUAAGGUUCAAAUUACCUUAUCUUCUCACGAUGUGAAUGGUUUGUCAACGAGGGAUGUGAAAUUAGCUACGUUCAUUGAAGAAGCUGCAAAAUUCAGUACCAAAUAAAGUUAAAUCUAUAUUCCCAUGUAAAUCUUAUACUACGUAAAUGUAUAAACAUUUAUUCCAUUUUAACAGAAUUUAAAAUGAGAAUGCUUAACGGAAAGAUUAUUUGUGAGGUGUUUAUGCAAUGUAGCUAUUAUGUACUAUUGUGUAGAAAAUUAAAGUAUAUCAUGGGAUGAAUCUAAGAA